AGUAUAUCACAGACCCAACGCAGCCAAACGUGGCUUCCAUGACACCAUUGAUUCCAGCGUCGGGAGCUCGAUAAGUGAGCAGUGUGGCAGUUGCGACAAGGCGAAACUCAUCUCCUCCGCCGAUGGGCAAAAGCGGGCAGUAAUGGGUUGGCCGCCGGUGAGAUCAUACAGAAAAAAGACAAUAGAAAUGAACAACUGCAAGUACGUAAAAGUGGCAGCGGAUGGGGCGCCAUAUUUGCGUAAGAUCGAUCUCGAGAUGUUCAACAGCUACAAAGAGCUAUUCAACACAUUUCGGAAAUUGUUCAUCUCAUUUCCCAUAUGUUGUGAUUACUUGGAAGAAGGCAAUAUUUUGAACCCAAUGAAGAGAGCAGAUGAGUACUUGCCAACUUAUGAAGAUAAAGAUGGGGAUUGGAUGUUGGUUGGAGAUGUCCCUUGGAAAUUGUUUAUUGAAUCUUGCAAUCGUAUUCGUUUGAUGAAAGGCUCAGAGGCCAAUGGUAUAGCUCCAAGAACCCCAUGAAAAGGAGGAGAUGAAGCUUUUGGAUGAACAACCUUUUUUUUCUUCUUUUUCUUUUUUAAUUUGUUAAAGUUGUAUUCAAAACAUGCUUGUAGUUAUGGCCCCGGGCUUGAUUAUGUGAUUAGGCCUUCGUUAAUUUUGUAUAAUAAAUGUCAAUUUGAAUAGUAAUCUUUUUAGAUAUUACAGUA